UGGCAGCGGGGCGCGGAGCUGGGUGCGCGCCGAGCUUCUGCCUUCCGCCGCCUCCUCGCCCUCCAUUCCUCGCUCUCUGUUUUCCCCCGGCCACACCGCCGCCGCACCGCCUCCCUGGGAACCGUAGCCGGGGGAAGGGGUCUGGCGCGGCGGAAACCCGCUGGGAGGUGCCCGGGACCCAGGCGUGGGGGAGCGCUCCCGGCCCUGGCCGGGAUCAGAUAACAGCCGGCGGGGGAGGGGUUGGGCCGGCUGUGCUCACAGCGGGACUAAGGGACCCGCGCCAGCCGCACAGCCAGAGCGAGCGCCCCGCGGCCGGGGGCGCCGUCCAGGCGCGCCCCCGACCCGUGGCUGGACCGGGGCGAUCCGCGCCUGGGCCGACGCGUCCCCGGGCAUGGAGCGCCCCCGGGGGCUGUCCUGAGGCGGCGGCGGCGGCGGCUGCGAUGCAGUCAGUGCAGCGGCUGCCGGGGCCAGAAUCCGCCGCCCGGAGCUCGGAGGACGCGGAGCGCGCCGCGCCCCUGCCAGCUACCAAGGUGUGAGAGUAUGAACAGGCCUGGUUCUGGCCAGCCCAGUUCAACUGCUCAGGGGUCCUGGCCCUGACCCAUAGCAGAUGCCCUAGCCCUAUAGUACCAGGGCUUCGUGACCAGGUUCUGGGUCUGUCUUGACCCAGCUGCUGUGUCUGAGGACACCCAGGAUCAAACACAGGAUCUACAGGUGACUGGAUCCUUCUCUGCGGGGACCUGAAAAAUGGCAGCUGCAGCUAAUUCAGCCCUGAAAAUGGUUGCUUGCCCACUGAGCACCAUAACUUAGAAGAUAGGAUUCAAGAGGAGGAACGUCAACAGAAGUAGGAGUUCCAGGCCCGUCUGUCACUGUCUAGGCUUUGAGCUGCUGAGAGCACAAGCUGGAGCAGCCAUGACCCGCUGGAUGACCCUCCAGCCCUCUAGGCCACGCAAACCCACCGCCCGGGAUGUGGCAGCCUCCCGCCGGUGCCUGAGUGCGCCGACCCUGGCUGCCUGCCCCCAGAGGCCUCCACAGUCUGGGGCUGUGCUACAUUCCAAGCACAGUCCCCAGGUUCCCCAGCCUUACCAGCUGUCUGCCUCCUGGCCCAGGCAGCAGCAGCAGCAGCAGCAGCAGCCACCUUUACGGCAUCGGGCCUCAGCUCCUCAGACUCAUGGAGCCUCCUUGCCUGGAGCCAGCCUGGGGCCAGGGCAGGGUCCCCCGGGCCCCGGGAUGACUGCAGCCAGUCGGGCCAACCCCUACAGCAUUGUGUCAUCAGAGGAGGACGGGCUGCACUUGGUAACCAUGUCGGGUGCCAAUGGCUUCGGCAAUGGCAAGGUGCACACUCGGCGCCGGUGCCGCAACCGCUUUGUCAAGAAGAAUGGUCAGUGCAAUAUCGAGUUUGCCAACAUGGAUGAGAAGUCACAGCGCUACCUGGCUGACAUGUUUACCACCUGCGUGGACAUCCGCUGGCGCUACAUGCUACUCAUCUUUUCACUGGCCUUCCUUGCCUCUUGGCUGCUGUUUGGCAUCAUCUUCUGGGUCAUUGCUGUGGCCCAUGGUGACCUGGAGCCAGCUGAGAGUCGUGGCCGCACCCCCUGCGUGAUGCAGGUCCACGGCUUCAUGGCGGCCUUUCUCUUCUCCAUCGAAACGCAGACCACCAUUGGCUACGGGCUGCGCUGCGUGACUGAGGAGUGCCCUGUGGCUGUCUUCAUGGUGGUCGCUCAGUCCAUCGUGGGCUGCAUCAUUGACUCCUUCAUGAUUGGCGCCAUCAUGGCCAAGAUGGCGCGGCCCAAGAAGCGGGCGCAGACACUGCUGUUCAGCCACAAUGCUGUGGUGGCGCUGCGCGACGGCAAGCUCUGUCUCAUGUGGCGUGUGGGUAACCUGCGCAAGAGCCACAUCGUGGAGGCCCACGUCCGAGCCCAGCUCAUCAAGCCCCGGGUCACGGAGGAAGGCGAGUACAUCCCACUGGACCAGAUAGACAUUGAUGUGGGCUUCGACAAGGGCCUGGACCGCAUCUUCCUGGUGUCGCCCAUCACCAUCCUGCACGAGAUCGAUGAGGCCAGCCCACUAUUUGGCAUCAGCCGUCAGGACUUGGAGACGGACGACUUUGAGAUCGUGGUGAUCCUCGAGGGCAUGGUGGAGGCCACGGCCAUGACCACACAGGCCCGCAGCUCCUAUCUGGCCAAUGAAAUCCUAUGGGGCCACCGUUUUGAGCCAGUGCUCUUUGAAGAGAAGAAUCAGUACAAGAUUGAUUACUCACACUUCCACAAGACCUAUGAGGUGCCCUCCACACCCCGCUGCAGCGCCAAGGACCUGGUGGAGAACAAGUUCCUCCUGCCCAGUGCCAACUCCUUCUGCUAUGAGAAUGAGCUGGCCUUCCUGAGCCGCGAUGAGGAGGACGAGGGGGAAGGAGACCAGGAUGGCUGUAGUCGGGAUGGUCUCAAUCCCCAGCCACGGCAUGACUUUGACAGGCUGCAGGCUGGUGGCGGUGCACUUGAACAGCGGCCCUACAGACGAGAGUCAGAGAUCUGAGCCGCUGGUGGCCAAGUGCAGGGUGACACCAGGGAGUGGCCCCAUGUCCUGCAGGGGCACUGGGCUUAAGCAGAAUGGGCAGGUGGCCCGGGUUGCAGACUCAGUAGCAUUUUAGUCGUUUUAUGUUUCUUCGCAAUAGCCUUGGAAAGUUGGCAGGAGAGCGGGUGGCCAGAGUGGGCAGCCCAUGGUCUCAGAAGCCAAGGUGGCACAAUGUCAGGGAAGUGGCUUCCUAGGGAUCCAGCCAUAGAAGCCAGUGGCUUCUGCCUGGAGAAAGAGCUGCAGCCUGCACAGUCACCCUGCAGGGGCCACCUCUGUGGCUAUGGCUAGCAGGUUGCAGACACCUCGAUUUUUAACUUGGGGAGAAACACCAGAUUUCAGCUUUCUCAACCUUAGCUUGGGUAAGACUGUUUACAAAAAAAUAAGAACAUGCAAUUGAAAAAAAAUUUUUAAUUCAUAGGGCUGUGGGGGAAGGACAGUAAGAAUCCCAUUGGUCUGUUGCAGUGCAAGCUGCUAGAUGGAUGGAUGUUCCAGAAGGUUCCCUGAGGCUGGACUGACCUCUCCCCCAUGUGUGCUUCAGUCCCCACAGUUCAUCGUGUUUAGGGAUGAAUUAGGUUCUGUUUGUGACAGAAGAACCAAGACCUUGUUAAUGAUCAUAAUAAAAGCUUUCAGAUGCUAUUGGGAUGGGGUUGGGGAAGAAACUAGUUUGCUCUUUUUGAGUUUGAUGUACCUCAGAGGUGGUCUCAGGGCUGGGUGGCACCUGCCCUUCAGGGUCUCCCUGUCUCCAUGUCCAUGUUUUGCCUCUCUCUCCACUUCUGCCAGGGUCCACACCCCUUCAGAUGAAGCGCAGCUGGGAAACAUGGGAGGCAUGUUAGGAAGGGGAAGGGAGGCCAGGUUCCCUCACCCAGUGGAAGUGGAACAGCCUUCCCACUGGGCCCGCAGGGAGAGUUGUGCCUUAAGAGACUUCAGGUUGUCUGACUUGAGUUGUUUCUGUUUUCAUUGGACCUGCCUGUCUCCCUUCCCUACCUACUCUGUCUGCCCUAGGAAGGUGGCAGGGACCGAGCUCCUGGCACAUGGCCAUACCCCCGCCUCACCCCUCCCCUACAUACCUCAGGCAGUGCAGCCUAGCCCAGGAGGGUCCCAGCCAUUUUGGGGCAGUGAAAAGAAUUUAGGGAAGUAGAGGAAUUGUCACUCCCUCCAUUUCUUGAGGUCACAUUCAUUCAAAGAUGAAUUGAAAAAAUGGCCAUAGAACAGAAUUCCUGCUCAGGCUUCAGGGUCCCAGGAUGUGGUUCCUUCCUCUUUCCUCUGUGUUUUCCUUGAGGACAGGAGCCACAGAGAGUUCAGGUUGUGCAAUCACUUCCCUGCAAGGUGCAGUGUGACGGCCUAGAGAUACCUCAGUCCACUUGCCUAGGGACAGGCCUCACUCCAGGGACCCUGAUUGACAAGAGGUAUGAGGUCCCUUGUGACCUCUUUGGCCCUGCCUUGUUCUUCUGGCUUGUGGGGCCAGGCUGAAGAGGAGCCCAGCCUUUCCUGGGGCUGCUGAGGAAACCUGUCUUCCCUGGCCAGCGCCUCAGAAAGGCAGUAAUGGGAAAGCCUAUGACUCUUGCCUGCUUUCCCAGGCUGCUUUGACCCAUGCCCCCAAGCUCAGGGACAAGAAGGCACUAGGGACUCUACAGCCCAAGUGGGGAAACUGAGGCUGAGAGGGGGAAAGGGGAUGUACAAGGCUACACAGUGAGUGAGCAGGGAGUUAAGGAGAGUCUGGGGCUGGGGUGGGGCUCCUGCCUCUUAGAUUGUCCUCCCUGAGGAUCAGGGCCCAUGGGCAGUUCAGACAUAGCUGUCAUUUCUCUGAAAGGUACCUGGGAUAGAGCCCAGAGAUAGCUCAGCCUCUCAUCCUGAGCUAGGCCAGACUCCAGGCAAUCUGCCCUAGUAGCAGACCCUGCCUGAAUUUUUGUUCCAGAAGAUUUAGCCCUCGGCAGCUCUCUUCGCUCAGGAUCUGCCAGCAGGACCUCAGCUCCCCCUGGGAUCCUGGGUCUGGCCCCUGGCUCUAAAGUCUGACUGGCUUUCCCAGCCUUAUUCUUGGUGUUCUGGGGAUGGAAUUAGCAUGGCAGUGCUUAGUGCUCACCAUCCAGUCCAGACUGCCAGGUGGGCACCUGCUGGUGGCCUGUGCCUCUGUCCCUCCAGGCCUGCACGGGCAAGCCUUCUAUUUUCUGCUUCUUGAGCAGACCCAGGGCCCUAGAUCCUUGCCACAUCAGUGGCCUGGUGCGUUUGCCUCUCAGGCCUGUACUCCCAUGCCCACAUCCACCAGAAUGAUCCAGCCCAAGAGCUCAAGGGAAGGCAGCUUGAGCUGCUUUUCAGCUCUCGCCAAAGGCAGGCACAUGCUGCGUUUUCAAAUUCUUCUGUCCUCUUUUUUUCCUUUCCCUGUAUUUAUUUAUUUAUUUAUUUAUUUAUUGCUUAUGCUACAGACCAAAAUAGUUCCCCUUUUAGUGCACUUGAUGUGUGAGGACAGCUGUGAGGAGCCUUGAGUGCAUGCAGGAGUGAGGGAGACUUGGUCCCUGGGGCGAGUGUGGGGAGGGGAGGGCUGUUGCACACGCGUGUGCAUGUGUGUGUAUGUGUGCAGAAGUGCACACAUGAUUCCCCACAUAGGUGACACUGAAUGGAUGAUGUGGAUAUGUGAUAUGUCCAGUUGUGUGUCUACCCACUGGUGUGUGUGUGUGUGUGUGUGUGUGUGUUUGCUCUUUCCUUCCAGAAGGAAGGAAACACUGACCAGGCCAGGGCUGGGUGCACACUGGCCAGAUUGGGCACUGACCUCAGAUUUCGGCAGUGCCUAGCCUGAGAGCUCCCGGUCCUCUACCCUGAUCAUCCAGUCAGUGCUAGUGUGAGUCACUGAAGGCGGCAUCUGCACCUGGAUCUUGUUGGAUGCCAUGGGAUGUCUGUCUGUGUGGACGUGUGUGUGUGCGCGUGUGUGUGUGCAUGUAUGGUCUGGGGGGUGUGCACGUGUCAGUGGGGUGGUGUCUGUGUUGCUCAGAGCAUGGGCAGCUGCCCCCCAACCUCUGCUGGUGCUGUGCCGCCCAGUCCCUGCCCACCCAAGGGGCCUGGGGGUGGGGCGGAAGUAGCCACCUUCGGGAGGCCCCUGUGUGGGGUGUCUGCCCUGUGUGAGGUCAUAGAAUGUCAAAUCUAUUUUAAAUGGUAAAACGGGAGAAUUUUCAUGUUAUUUUCAAUACAUAGCGGUAUCUAAAGAUGUAGGCAAUGAGACUAGACCA